AGAUGGUGAUGGCACGAUCACUACCAAAGAGCUCGGCACUGUGAUGCGCUCGCUAGGUCAAAAUCCUACCGAAGCGGAGCUACAGGAUAUGAUCAACGAGGUUGACGCUGAUGGGAAUGGUACCAUCGACUUCCCAGAGUUCCUCACAAUGAUGGCGCGCAAAAUGCGUGAUACCGACAGCGAGGAAGAGAUUAAAGAGGCAUUUAAAGUAUUCGAUAAGGACGGGAACGGCUAUAUCAACGCUGCCGAGCUGAGACAUGUCAUGACGAACCUGGGCGAGAAAUUGACUGACGCUGAGGUCGAUGAAAUGAUUCGUGAGGCAGACGUCGAUGGCGAUGGCCAGAUCAAUUACGAUGAAUUUGUGAAGAUGAUGUUAUCGAAAUGAUG